AUGGAACUGCUGUCCACCCCCCACAGCAUCGAGAUCAACAAUAUCACUUGUGACUCUUUCCGUAUCUCCUGGGCCAUGGAAGACAGUGACCUGGAGAGGGUCACCCAUUAUUUCAUUGACCUCAACAAGAAGGAAAACAAGAAUUCCAACAAGUUCAAACACCGGGAUGUCCCCACCAAGCUAGUGGCCAAGGCAGUGCCUCUGCCCAUGACAGUGAGAGGCCACUGGUUCCUGAGUCCCCGUACAGAGUACAGUGUGGCUGUGCAGACAGCGGUGAAGCAGAGCGAUGGGGAGUACCUGGUGUCUGGCUGGAGCGAGACGGUGGAGUUCUGCACUGGAGAUUAUGCCAAGGAGCACCUGGCCCAGCUGCAGGAGAAGGCUGAGCAGAUCGCUGGCCGCAUGCUCCGCUUCUCCGUGUUCUACCGCAACCAUCACAAGGAGUACUUCCAGCAUGCCAGGACCCACUGCGGGAACGUGCUGCAGCCUUACCUGAAGGACAACAGUGGCAGCCACGGCUCCCCAACCAGUGGCAUGCUGCAUGGCGUCUUCUUCAGCUGCAACACGGAGUUCAACACAGGCCAGCCCCCACAGGACUCCCCUUAUGGCCGCUGGCGCUUCCAGAUCCCUGCCCAGCGCCUCUUCAACCCCAGCACCAACCUCUACUUUGCGGACUUCUACUGUAUGUACACAGCCUACCACUAUGCCAUCCUGGUACUGGCACCCAAGGGCUCCCUGGGGGACCGCUUCUGUCGCGACCGGCUGCCCCUCCUGGACAUUGCCUGUAACAAGUUCCUGACCUGCAGUGUGGAAGAUGGAGAGCUGAUCUUCCGCCACGCUCAGGACCUCAUCCUGGAGAUUAUCUACACCGAGCCCGUCGACCUGUCCCUGGGCACGCUGGGAGAGAUCAGCGGGCACCAGCUCAUGAGCCUGUCCACUGCCGAUGCCAAGAAAGAUCCCAGCUGCAAGACCUGCAACAUCAGCGUGGGCCGCUAG